AUGGGGUCCUGCUCGUCUGUGCCGCGCGGCACGGAGCUCGGCCAGGCAUGCGCGCACCGCACCAGAGCCCCCGAGCCGGACCGCUCGGGCACGCACGCGCACGCCAGCCUCGACUCGCGGGAGACGUGGCGCGCCGACGAUGGCCACCCGCCUCCAGCUCCCGGGGAGCAGGCGCAGGGCGUCGCGUACGACGCGAGGUUCAUUCUGAGCGACGUGAACGAGGGGUUGGAGGGCGACAGAGGGGGCAAGGUGCCGGUGUGCGGGAACCGCGGGGCGUUCGCGCCGCGUCGCAGCGGGGUGCGCAUCUCCCUGUUCAAGGAGCGGCGCGCGAGCCGGCAGUCCCGCGUGACGUGCGGCGACAUGAGCCCCAACGUCAAGACCGACAGCGGCGUACCGAAGGCGCUGAAGGGCGAGCGGCCGCCUGCCAGGCGCAGCAGCGGCGCCGCGGGGGGGUGGUGCAGCUCCACGGGAGGGCGCAGGGCCCCGAAACGCCGCACGGACGGGCACGCGGUGUCCGAGCUGCCCCGGACGGAGCUCGAGGGCAUGCGGAGCAGCACGCUCUUCGCGCACACGUCGCACCCGGCGCCGCUGGGCGCCCUCGACACCGCCACCUCUGCUGACACCGGGGAGCUGCAGCCGUAG